AUGUCGUGGCUCUUCGGCGGAUCCAAAAAAGAGGCUUCCAACUCGUCCCCUGCGGCGGAACAGCUCUUUCAAGACGACCCAAAAGUGCAGGAUACGCUUGGGUUCGAUCCCAACCAAGUGACAAAUGUAUCGAGCAUCAUUUCGACUCCUGGCGCACUGGAUACCUCAAGACUGCAUCCGUUGGCCGGUCUAGAGCGUGGAGUUGAGUACCUUGACUUGGAGGAAGAGCAACUUUCGACAAUGGAAGGAUCCCGAAGCUUGAUCCCAUCAAGAGGCUGGACUGACGACUUGUGUUACGGUACAGGUGCCGUAUACUUGGUUGGUUUGGGGCUCGGAGGCUCUUACGGGUUCUUCGAAGGUCUCAGAAACAUUCCACCAAACAGUCCCGGAAAAUUGCAGCUUAACACUGUGCUUAAUCACAUCACCAGAAGAGGACCAUUUAUCGGUAACAAUGCCGGUGUCUUGACGUUGACCUACAACCUGAUCAACUCAACAAUUGAUGGGUUCAGAGGGAAGCACGAUUCUGCCAACUCCGUUGUCGCUGGUGCGCUAACUGGUGCUAUUUUCAAGUCCUCCAAGGGUCUUAAGCCUAUGGGAUAUGCUUCAGGAAUGAUGGCGGCCGCCGCGGCUACUUGGUGUGGCAUUAAGUCGUUUGUGUUGUAA